CACAUAUCCUCUGUUCUUACAUGCAUCCUUUUCAGUACAGGAAAAAAAAAAACCAAAAAACCACAACCAAAUCGCAGCUUACCUCCGAUCAAUAACGAACAAAAAUGCCAACGGGCGCGCAAAAUCACCAUGCGCGCCCGCGCAAAACAUGGAUAAAUAACAUAUUUCUCAAUCGUAAUUCGUCGAUUUUCUUCAUCACGAUUCUCGUUUUGGUAGUUUCGUGCGGUGCACAAGGUGAAAAUGAAUCCCGGGCCCUCCUCAACUUCAAAGCCUCCCUCCGAAUCAAAAACCACCAUUUGAACCGACAUCUCGCCAGCUGGACACCCUUAUCUGGGCCCCCGUGCUCAGGUAACAUGCCCAACUGGCCCCACGUCCUCUGCUACAACGGGUUCGUAUUCGGGCUGAAGCUCGAGAACAUGAACCUCACGGGCCCAAUCAAUGUGGACCCUCUUGUGCCCCUUCGCUCGUUGAGGACCCUCAGCUUCAUGUGGAACGAUUUGGAGAGUCCAAUGCCUGACUGGAGAAAACUCGGUGCCCUCAAGUCUUUGUACCUGUCAAACAACCGAUUUUCGGGCCAGAUUUCGGAGGAUGCAUUUAAGGGCAUGUUUUCUUUAAAGAAAAUCGACAUGGCGAACAACAAUUUCACGGGCCCUAUGCCGACCUCUCUCGAAUCCCCCAAGUUAAUAGAGUUGAGGCUCGAGAACAAUGGUUUUACGGGUCACAUUCCCUUGAUCAGCUCCGAACAUCUUAAGAUAAUCGACGUCUCGAACAAUCAGUUGGAAGGCCCGAUUCCCGCGCCUCUAAGGAACAUGACUCCGGCUUCCUUUUCGGGCUAUUUACUGAUAUUACCACUGACCAACCAAACCCUAGGCAACAAGGCAUUGUGCGGGCCGCCUCUAGACACGCCGUGCCCGCUGCCCGUUGUCGUCAGCAAUCCAGACUCCACGAAGCUCCGAACAGCCGUCAUCGUCAUCUCCAUCCUCGCGGCACUUUUCGCCAUAGCCACCGUCCUCCUCCUCCUCGUCGCCGCCAACCGCCGCCGCCGCCACGGCCGCCACACCCCCCGUCUAGGCCGCGCCGUCCCUCCCGACCGAGACGUCGAGGCCAGCAGCAACGUCGCCACCCUCGGCGUCUCCAAAAAACAACAAAAACCAUCUCCCAACAACAACAACAAGCUCUCGUUCGUCUCGGACGAACGUCGCUCGACUUUCGAGCUCCACGACCUCAUGACGGCCUCCGCGGAGGUCCUCGGGAGCGGCAACUUGGGCGCCUCCUACAAGGCCGUCCUCCUCGACUCCCCUUCCCCCCUCGUCGUCAAGCGCUUCAAGCAAAUGACCUCCGUCCCUCGCCAAGACUUCUUCGAGCACAUGGCUCGACUCGGAAACCUUCGCCACCCGAACCUCCUCCCCCUCGUCGCCUACCUCUACCGUAAGCACGAGAAGCUCCUCGUCUUCGACUACGCCGCCAACGCCAGCCUGGCGGCACACCUCCACAAUGGAGGCUCGGCUACGACGCUCCCCUGGCCCACCCGACUGACCAUCCUACGAGGCGUUUGCCGAGGACUAGCCUACCUUCACCGAGAGCUCCCGACACUUAAUCUACCACACGGACACCUCAAGUCUUCGAAUGUAUUGCUCGAUGCGGGGUUUAAUCCGCUGCUUGCCGACUACGCGCUCUCUCCGGUUAUAAACUCGGAGCACGUGGAGCGGAUUUUGGUGGGGUACAAAGCGCCGGGACAGGUCGGCAGGAAGGCUGACGUGUGGUGUUUGGGGGUGCUGAUGCUGGAAGUGGUGACGGGGAAGUGUUUGGAUUUGACGGGCGGGUAUGUGAAUGGGAUUGUGGGGGAAGGUGCUGAGGUGGCGUUUGAUGAGGAAAUGGCGGCUGUUGACGAGGAGGAGAUGCGGAAGGUUGUGGAGAUUGCCAAGGAGUGUUGCCGGGAGGAAGCGGAGAAGAGGUUGGAUAUGGAGGAAGUGGUCCGGCGGGUCGACCAGCUUCACAAGGAGUGCUGA